AUGGCUGUUGCUUCACUUUCUGCAAAUCAAGGUCUACUAGGAACUUCCUUCUAUGGAGGUUGGGGAAGUUCAAUCUCCGGUGAGGAUUACCACACCUUGCUCGCCAAAACAACUGUGCCAUGGCAACAGGCUAAACUGUCACGGAAACCCAUCAGAGUACAACCAAUGAUGAAGAAUGUCAACGAAGGCAAAGGCUUAUUUGCUCCUCUAGUCGUUGUCACUAGGAACGUUGUAGGCAAGAAAAGGUUUAAUCAGCUUAGAGGCAAAGCCAUUGCUUUACACUCUCAGGUGAUUACGGAGUUCUGUAAAUCGAUAGGAGCUGAUGCGAAACAGAGACAAGGAUUGAUCAGGCUUGCUAAGAAGAAUGGAGAGAGGCUUGGCUUCCUUGCUUGA